AUGCCCGGCCCGGCCGCCGGCAGCCGGGCGCGGGUGUACGCCGAGGUGAACAGCCUGAGGAGCCGCGAGUACUGGGACUACGAGGCGCACGUCCCGAGCUGGGGCAAUCAGGACGACUACCAGCUGGUUCGCAAGCUCGGGCGAGGGAAGUACAGCGAGGUCUUCGAGGCCAUCAACAUCACCAACAACGAGAGGGUCGUCGUGAAGAUCCUCAAGCCAGUGAAGAAAAAGAAGAUAAAACGCGAGGUUAAGAUUCUGGAGAAUCUACGUGGUGGCACCAACAUCAUUAAUCUGAUUGACACUGUCAAGGAUCCGGUGUCAAAGACCCCUGCUCUGGUGUUUGAGUACAUCAAUAACACAGAUUUUAAGCAACUGUACCAGAUCCUGACAGACUUUGAUAUUCGGUUUUAUAUGUAUGAGCUGCUGAAGGCCCUGGAUUACUGUCACAGCAUGGGGAUCAUGCACAGGGAUGUCAAACCCCACAACGUCAUGAUAGACCACCAACAGAAAAAGCUGCGGCUCAUAGACUGGGGUCUGGCCGAAUUCUACCAUCCAGCUCAGGAAUACAAUGUCCGUGUGGCCUCUAGGUACUUCAAAGGACCGGAGCUCCUUGUGGACUACCAAAUGUAUGACUACAGCUUAGACAUGUGGAGUUUAGGCUGUAUGCUGGCAAGCAUGAUCUUCCGAAAGGAGCCCUUCUUCCACGGCCAGGACAAUUAUGACCAACUGGUUCGCAUCGCAAAAGUCCUGGGCACAGAUGAGCUGUAUGGCUAUCUCAAGAAGUACCACAUAGAACUGGACCCACACUUCAAUGAUAUCCUGGGCCAGCAUUCCCGGAAGCGCUGGGAGAACUUCAUCCACAGUGAGAACAGACACCUGGUCAGUCCUGAAGUCCUAGACCUCCUGGACAAGCUCCUGCGAUAUGACCAUCAACAGAGGCUGACUGCCAAGGAGGCGAUGGAGCACCCCUAUUUCUAUCCAGUGGUGAAGGAGCAGUCCCAGCCCAGCUCAGAAAACGCUGUGCUCUCCAGUGGCCUGACAACAGCGCGAUGAAGACUGGAAAACGACGGGUAAUUCAAGAUGUUUACAAAUAAAAGCAAAACCUUCGGUCACACAGUGAAGGGAAAAGAACCAAGGACCCCCCCUCCUUCCCCUCCCCUUUAUACUCGGCAGAAAUCUAACCUUGGGGGGGGUCAUAAACCUCAGUUCCUCUCUGGUGGUUGUGGUUAAUGUAACUCUAACCCUGUGGUACCAAAGCCCUGGGCAAAUGGUCUUGCAAGAGCUAAACAUGUAGUGAUAUCCCCAGGGCUCAACACAACUGAUUCUGGUUCACAUCUCUAUGGAUCCUUCUCUUCCUUCUCAGUCCAGCCUUCCCCACCGCGCUGGUGGGGACAAAUUGGUCGUUCCACCAUCAGCCCUUAGCAUGCCUCUUUCUAAACAUGCCUUUCUGACUUGUAGACUCUGGAUGAACCAAAUUCAGGCUGGGGGGCAGCAGGUGCAACUCUGUUUUGAGGUCCAAGUCCUACUGCUGACUCUGGGCUUGAAUUUGGCCCUUGAAUUCCAGUUUCAACUGCGAAUGAUGGGGCGGUUGGGGGGUGGGGGGAGGUUCAACAAAAAACAGCCCACAAACCCAGCAGCAUCUCAGGAUUGGUUUGGAGCAUUAAAACAAAGGCACUGAUCCG